AUGCCGGGUCUGUACUGCCCCUCCAGCUGGACGCCGCUGCCCCUCACAGACUCCUGGGUUCGGGCCUGCGCCAACGGGCCCUGCCUGAGCCUGCGGGCCCGGCUCACCUAUCACAACCCGCAGUCGCAGCCGGUAGACGGCGUGUUCGUGUACCCCCUGGCGGAGGCCGAGGUGGUGUCCGGCUUCGAAGCGGAAGCGGCGGGACGGCGUGUGUCCUUCCAGCUGCAGAGCCGGCGCCGCUCACAGGCCUCCUGCUGCCGCGCACUGGGCCCCGGGUUGGGGGCCGCCACUCCUCGCCGCUGCGCGCAGGGUCAUCUUGUCUUGGAUCUGGCCCAGGCCCAGUCCACGCUGGUGCUGCCCACAGGCCUCAUUGCCGCAGCUGGCACCAUGACAGUGACCCUGCGCAGCAGCCGGCAGUUGCCCUCAAGGCCUGAUGGGGUGCUGCAUGUGGUCCUGCCCUCUGUGCUCACCCCACUGGCCCCACCAGGCCUGCCAGGGCCCCCCAGGCCUCCGGGGCUCUGUGACGACAGUCCCACCAGCUGCUUUGGGGCAGGCAGCCCUCAGGAAGAAGGGCUGGCCUGGGAGGAGCCGGCUGCCCCUUGGGACGUGUUCUCAGACCCUGCCCGCUGCCCUGCCCCAUACACCUUCUCCUUUGAGAUGCUGGUGACUGGACCAUGCCUGCUGGCAGGCCUGGAGAGUCCUUCUCAUGCCCUGAGGGUAGAUGCCCCCCCUAACGCUAGCUCUGCAGCCACCGUGUGUGUCACACUGGCAGAGGGCCACCGCUGUGACCGGACCCUGGAGAUCCUGCUCCACCCCAGUGAGCCCCACCAGCCACACCUGAUGCUAGAGGCCGGCAGCUUGAGCUCAGCAGAAUAUGAGGCCCGGGUGAGGGCCCGCCGGGACUUCCAGAGGCUGCAGCGAAGGGACAGUGAUGGGGACCGGCAGGUGUGGUUCCUGCAGCGACGCUUCCACAAGGACAUCCUGCUAAACCCUGUGCUGAUGCUGAGCUUCUGCCCGGACCUGAGCUCCAAGCCGGGACACCUGAGCACAGCUACAAGGGAGCUCCUUUUCCUGUUGGAUGGCAGUAGUGUGGCAUAUAAGGAUGCCAUUGUUUUGGCUGUGAAGUCUCUACCAUCCCAGACCCUCAUCAACCUGGCCAUGUUUGGCACGUCUGUGCAGCCACUCUUCCCAGAGAGCCAACUUUGCAGUGAUGACACUGUGCAUCUGAUCUGUGACAGGAUCGAGGGCAUGCAGGCUGUGGGCAGCCCCCAGGAUGUGUUGGCUGUGCUGGACUGGGCGAUGGGACAGCCCCAGCACAGGGCCCACCCUAGGCAGCUAUUCCUGCUCACCGGUGCCUCACCUGCAGCUGCCACUACCCACCAAACCCUGGAGUUCAUGCGAUGGCACAGGGGGACAGCCAGGUGCUUCUCCUUUGGGCUGGGGUCCGCUUGCCAACGGCUGCUCCAGGGUCUGUCUUCACUCAGCCGAGGCCAGGCCUACUUCCUGAGCCCUGGGGAGAGGCUGCAGCCCAUGCUGGUACAGGCUCUGCGGAAGGCACUGCAGCCCGCUUUGAGUGACAUCUCUGUGGACUGGUUUGUGCCUGAUGCUGUGGAGGCACUUCUGACACCCCGGGAGAUCCCUGCACUCUACCCUGGGGACCAGCUGCUCGGUUACUGCUCACUUUUCCGGGUGGAUGGCUUCCGACACCGCCCACCCCAGGGCCAAGAGCCCAGCUGGCAGAGCUUGGGCGGCUCUGUGUUCCCAUCCCCAGAGGAGGAACCAUCUGCUGCCAGCCCUGGCACUGAGCCCACUGGCACUACAGAGCCACUGGGAACAGGCAUUAUAUCAGCAGAGCCGUCAAGUCCAUGGGCUGCUGGAGAUUCAGAGCAGAGUACUGAUGUUCUGACAGACCCAGCCACAGACCCUGGACCUAACCCAUCCUCUGACACAGCUAUAUGGCGCCGCAUCUUCCAGUCCUCAUAUAUCCGGGAGCAGUAUGUGCUCACCCAUUGCUCCGCCAGCCCUGAGCCAGGCCCGGGCUCCACCGGCAGCAGCGAGUCCCCUGGCUCCCAGGGCCCUGGGUCCCCUGAGGGAAGUGCUCCCCCAGGUCCUCCUUCCCAGCAGGGUUGCCGCAGCCUGGCCUGGGUAGAACCUGCAGGUACCCGCUCCUGUCCCCUGCCUGCACCCCCAGCGGCUUCGUUCAAGGCUGGAGCCUUGAGUGCUGAGGUGCUGGGCUGUCAGCGCAGAGCAGUUCUGGCUGGCCGAAGCCUCUCAUCUCCCCCAGGCCAAGCCAGCCCAGCCCCUGGCCACUCCCAGCACCCCUCUCUGGCUGCAGCACCAGAUGGGCUAGGCCCAGAGCCAGGGCAGCAGCUGGAACAGGGCCUGGAUGACUCAGGAAACCUCAUUUCUCCAGCCCCCAUGGACUGGGACAUGUUGAUGGAACCACCUUUCUUGUUCACGGCUGUGUCUCCCAAUGGGGAGUUAGCUCCAGCAGCGCCAAUGUCUCUCCAGGCUCCACGCUGCCAUGUGGUGAUCCGGGGCCUGUGUGGCGAUCAGCCUAUGUGCUGGGAGGUAGAUGUGGGGCUGGAGACACUGUGGGGAUCUGGGAAUGGAUCACAGCCUCCAUCAUCCUCUGAAAGAGAAACAACUUGGGACCAAGCACUCCACCGGCUGACGGCGGCCUCCGUGAUCCAGGACAAUGAGCAGCUGGCUCUCCGAGGGGGUGCUGCAACCACAGCCAACCGGGGUCCUGCCCGGAGGUCCUGGCUUCGAGCCCUUCAGACAAGUAAGGUCAGCUCUGCCCCAUCCUGCUUCACCUGCCCUGUGGCUGUGGAUGCUGCCACUCAGGAAGUCCUGCCUGAAGCCCUGCAGGUGUGGAGUUCAGAGCCAGCCCAGUUCCCAGUCACCCCUCCUGCCUCUCAGGGCUCUCUAGAUGCAGGCCUUCUGCCCACCAUCACUCACUCCCAAGGACUUCAGGGAGGCUCUUCAGCAGGCACCCGGGAUCCAGACCAAAAUGGCAAUUCCAAGUCUCAGAUGGGUGACCUUGCAGCCCCCACUGUUGGUCCUCGAUACCCGCCCCCACAGCCUCCCUCUAGGCUCAGCCUAGGCCGGCGGAGAGUCAAGGGUUCUGACAGCCGCAGACUGUGUAGCGCUGACGGGGGCCAGGCAGGAGACACCAAUCCUGAAGGCAGCGACCAUGACUACCUGCCCCUGGUACGGCUGCAGGAGGCAUCUGGCUCCUUCCGCUUGGAUGCACCCUUCUGUGCAGCUGUGCACAUCCGGCAGGAGCGCCUGUGCCGGGCCUCUCCCUUCGCUGUGCACCGCGCCAGCCUCAGCCCCACCUCGGCUUCAUCCCCCUGGGCCCUCCUCGGCCCUGGUGUUGGCCAGGGCGACAGCGCCACAGCUUCCUGCAGCCCUUCCCCCAGCUCAGGCUCUGAAGGCCCAGGCCAGGUAGACAGCGGUUGGGGCUCAGACACAGAGGCCUCGGAAGGGGGAGAAGGACCAGGCCCAGGUCGCGCUGACCUGCGGGACCGGAGUUGGGCCACUGCUGUGGCCCUUGCAUGGCUGGAACACCGCUGCGCUGCUGCCUUCAAUGAGUGGGAGCUGGCAGCAGCCAAGGCUGAUUGCUGGUUGCGGGCCCAGCACCUGCCCGAUGGCCUUGACCUGGCAGCCCUCAAAGCGGCAGCCCGUGGGCUCUUCCUGCUGCUGCGCCAUUGGGACCAGAACCUACAGCUCCACCUGCUGUGCUACAGCCCAGCCAAUGUGUGA